GAGUACUAUUGAAAUGCAUUGUUAAGACAAAUUUUCAACACACAAAUGUGUCAUUUCCUUUCUUCAUGGACCAGAUGCUGAAAUACUAUGUGAUAAAGAUUUUAGGUCUCAAUUGUAAAGAGAGGGAAGUGGAUAAAUCAGUGCUGCCGUCUUUAGGACAAACGAAGUAUGGAACCGUGGGAUAGGUUUCCCGAUCACCAGGAUGAUGCUGAUAGCUGCUCAGAAUCUGUGAAGUUCGACGCCCGCUCCAUGACAGCCUUGCUUCCUCUGAAUCCUAAAAAUGGUCCUACCCUUCAAGAGAAACUGAAGUCUCUCAAAGCCGCACUGAUUGCCCUUUAUCUCCUUGUGUUUGUAGUUCUCGUGCCUAUCAUCGGAAUAAUGGCAGCACAAGUCCUGAAGUGGGAAAUGAAGAAUUGCACAGUUGGUUCAAUUAAUGCGAACGAUAUGUCUCAAAGUCUCGCAGGAAAAGCAAAUGACAGUGAAGAAGAAAUGAGAUUUCGAGAAGCUGUAAUGGAACAAAUGAACAACAUGGAGAAGAGAAUCCAAUUUAUUUCAGAUACAGAAGCCAAUCUCAUAGGUUCAGAGCAUUUUCAAAAUUUUAGUCUGGUGACUGAUCAAAGAUUCAAUGAUGUUCUUCUCCAGCUGAGCACCUUGGUUUCCUCAGUUCAGGGACAUGGAAACGCAAUAGAUGAAAUCUCCAAGUCAUUAAUCAGUCUGAAUAUCACAUUGCUUGAUUUGCAGCUCAGUAUUCAAACACUGAAUGGCAAAGUCCAAGAGAAUACAUUUAAACAUCAAGAGGACAUGAGUAGAUUAGAGGAGCGUGUGUACAAUGCAUCAGCAGAAAUUAUGUCUAUGAAAGAAAAACAAGUGAAUUUGGAACAGGAAAUAAAAGGAGAAGUGAAACUACUGAAUAAUAUCACUAAUGAUCUCAGACUGAAAGAUUGGGAACACUCUCAGACGUUGAAAAAUAUCACUUUAAUUCAAGGUCCUCCUGGACGCCCAGGUGAAAAAGGAGAUCGGGGUCCUGCUGGAGAAAGUGGUCCACGAGGCAUUCCAGGUGCAAUAGGUCCUCCAGGUCCCAAAGGUGAUCGGGGAGCAAUUGGCUUUCCUGGAAGCCGAGGAUUCCCAGGACCAAUGGGGAAGACCGGGAGGACAGGAAAUCCUGGACCCAAAGGCCAGAAGGGGGAAAAAGGGAGCGGAAGCAUGCUAACUCCACCUAAGACCGUACGAUUGGUUGGUGGUAGCGGUCCUCAUGAGGGCAGAGUGGAGAUUUUCCACAGUGGCCACUGGGGCACGGUCUGUGAUGACCACUGGGAGCUACGAGGUGGACAGGUCAUCUGUAGAAGUUUGGGUUACCAAGGUGUUCAAGCUGUGCAUAAGGGAGCUUACUUUGGACAAGGUACCGGUCCAAUCUGGCUGAAUGAAGUGUUUUGUUUUGGGAGAGAAUCAUCUAUCGAAGAAUGUAAAAUUAAACAGUGGGGUGCGAGAGUCUGUUCACACUCUGAAGAUGCUGGAGUCACUUGCGUUUUAUAAGGUUUCUUUUUCUUCCACAUUUAUGAAACCACUGUUGCAAAAUGAUUUUAUAAGUUUUCUCCAUUAAAAUUGGUCCAGUGAGUAUUUAAGAGAUUAGGAAUCUUGUCUAAAGAAAAGGAAUUGUUUAAAAUCACUGGCUAAACAUACUGAAUGCCGUCACACUUCCUAUAUGUCUAUAUUUAAACCAUUUCAACUUCUUUAGGUUUUUAAAUGGAAUUUCUAACAUAACGACAUGCAUCAAAAGGAACGGAUUAAAGUCUAAGGCUUCUGGAUUUUAAAUGCCAAUGAUAAUGGAAACGCCUUCCAAUCAUUGACCUCAGCUGAUACCUUCACAAGAUGACAAGUUUUGUCAUUUUUGUUUUCUCUGUAAUCUUUUGAGUUGAUUUUAAUUAAAUUACUGUCUUAAUAAUGA